AGAGGACACACUGCAGGUAGAGGUCGAACAUGAUCGUCAAUACCGAAAGUAGCAGAAACACCGGCGACGUCUUACUUUUCUUUGUUGCUGUGAUAAUGCGGAGCGCAUGACAUCUGUAGGCUAAGUAUUUAUUAGCAACAGUUCGGGGGACACUAAAAGACUUGGUCGCCUGAAAACAUUCAGCUACGCAGCAUCGGGAUAAUGACAGCAGAGAGCACAGUCAACAUGGAGGAUAUUUUCAAAACGGUGGAGGAGGUGAGGAGCCUCAUUGAAAAAAUCUCUCGUCAAGCGAAGGAGGUGGAGAGAAGACAUCGCGCCAUCCUUUCCACUCCAAACCAAGACAAGAGUGAGCUGGAGUUGCUGGACAAGGAGACCAAGAAGAUCGCCACCUUGGUCCAGGCCAAGUUAAAAUCAAUGCAAAAGGACCUGCCUGUGGAUGAGAACCGUAAAAGUGCAUCAGUAAUCCAGCGUAUUCAGAAGAACCAGCACUCUCACCUAACUCGGUGGUUUGCUGAAGUCAUGAGGGGCUACCACAAGGCGCAAAUCACUGUCCGAGAGAAAUGCAAAGCACACAUUCAGAGACAGCUGGAGAUUGUGGAUAAAGUGACUACAGAUGAAGAGUUGGAGGAGAUGCUGCACCGUGACAAUCUAUCAAUCUUCAUAUCUGAUGUCAACCCUGACGCUCGGAUUUCAAGCCAGGCUCUGAGUGAGAUUGAAUCUCGUCAUCAGGAUAUCAUCUGCCUCGAGUCCAGCAUCAGAGAGAUGCACGAGAUAUUUGCUGACACUGCCAUGCUGUUGGAGAGUCAGGGGGAGUUGAUCAACAACAUAGAAAAGAAUGUGAUGAGUGCUGCCGAGUAUGUAGACACGUCGAAAGCAGAAACCAAUAAAGCAGUCGCAUACAAGAAAAAUCCAUACAAGAUAGCGUCUCUCCCCAACUUCUUCAAGAGGAAUACCGCUGCUGAAAGUGCUACAGAUCAAACCCCUCAGACUUAAAAUAUGACUGAGCUCCUGAACUCGUUUGAACACAGACUGCACCAAACAUCCCGAUCAACAUCAAAGCCUGAGCUCGAUGGAACACACUUUUCUUGAUUUUAUGGUACAGUGCCUGUCUGCCCCCUCAAAUGCUUUUUCCCAGCUAAAGGAUAAUGAGGAAGCUUUUAUUUUUGGCUUGAAUAAGGAAUUUAAACUGCUUUGAUAUUGACCCGUCAGAUGAAAGUGACAUGAUGUUGUGGUCAAGCCUAAAAGGACUGUCAAAAGGUAAAUUGCUGCAACCCCAGACAUGGUUUCAGACAUGGCAUAAUUGCUCCAUUUCCAUUACGAUAAAUACAUUGGUAAAAACAGUUGUUGUAAAACAUCAACCACAGCCACAUCUUUAUAUGCAGAACACAUUCUGGUUUGAUUUGUUUAUUAGUUCACUCACUCAGCUGAUAUUCCCUUAGUGGCCAAUAGAUGGCAUGACAGCGUUAGGUGCAACUCUGAACCAGGAUCUUUUACCUUCCUUCCUCUCUGCUGUCCAGCUGAACUUCUGGUGUUUUUGUCUGAUACUGUCUUUUACUAAUGAAAUAUAAUGUGGUGUCAUGUUGUCUAAACCUCAGAAAGUAAUGUUUAAGGAUAAACUAAGGCCAUGCCAAUCCUAAAAUAAACUGAUUUGGUGAAUGCUACUGGA